AUCAGGAGUCUGCUCAUCUUCUUCCUAGGGUUCUCUCUCCUUCUAUCCGUCGUUCCUUCGCCCCUAAUUGAAAAACCCAAAUUUAUUCCUACUCUACCAUGUCUAUGAUAUUUGAAGAUCGUGUCUCACCUUUGGUCGUUAUGCAGCAACAAUAAGUUCCUGGUAACUUUUGUGUAUGUCUUUUGGCUAUUAUGUGCUUGUUGAAGUUUUCUGUUGUUUUUGUGUUAGCGUGAAGUAGACAUACAUGGAGACGGGGGUUUUAAAAUUAUACCAUGGUGGGGUCUUUGUUAAGACUCCCAGCUCCAACAAUUUUUUACAAUAUCUUGGAGGGAAGUGUCAAGAUUACACCAUAGAUCCUGAUUUAAUUGACUUCUUUCAUCUGCUAAACCUAGCAAAAGAGUCUGGUCAGUACCAAAUUGUUGUGAAAUUAUACUACUUGAAACCAAAGAUGAGUCUAGUCGACGGUUUGACACUUGUAACAGGAGAUAAUGAAGUGUUGGCUAUUUCCAAAAUAAUGAGGGAGAUGGGUUCUGUGUGCUUGUAUGUGGUCCACCAUGAAAGUGAAGUUGGGACACAAAACCUUUCAAACAAAAGUCAAAUGCCAAAUUUCCCACCCAAUCGUCUACUUAACUAUGAGAAAGAUAUUGGUAGUAAUCCUGUGGAUGAAAGUGAUGAUAUAUAUGGAGUUUGUUCUGAUGAUGAUGAUUGUGAGGCAAAAGAUAUGGAUAUCCUUAUUGGUGAAGACAGUGAUACCAGCGAUGAUGAGUUCGUUAAUGCUAAAAAAUCAGCGACUGCUUUUGAAAUAAAGAGAAAUAAGAAAGCCCAAAAAGUCCAAGAAGAAAUUAUUAGAGGCCGUAGAAGUAAUGUAUGGAAUAAAGCUACUAUGCACAGGUCUACUGGAGAGGAUGAUCACUUAAGUGAGUACGAUGAGAGUGAUGGAGAUGUAAUGACCCCUAGAGAGAGUGAUGAGGAUGAAGAAAAUGAAGGGAUAAGAACAAAGUCUUCACUUCCAGUAAUCAAUAAGUACACUGAUUUCACAAAGCUAACAUGGGUGGUUGGCAUGAGGUUUUCAAAUAGAGAAGCAUUUCGAGAUGCAGUUGUGAGGUAUGCUCUAGCUCAAGGAAAAAAUUUGACUUUUUGCAAAAGCGAUGUGAAAAAGAAUCAGAGGUUAGGUGUUGGAUGUGUUGAUGGUUGCCCAUUUAAAUUGUUUGCAUCUUGGGAGUCAAGAAGGGGUACAUUUUUACUCAAGGCAGUGAAUAAUACACAUUUAUGCACUAGGGACAUGAUGGCAAAUAGGCAACUUAAAUCAAGUUGGCUUGCCAAAGAUUUCUUGGAGGUGUUCAAAAUUAGACCACAUUGGCCUGCCAAGGAAAUAGUUGAUGCUGUUAGGAAGAAGUACUUAAUUAUAAUAAAGAAGUGCGUUGCUUAUAAAAUCAAGUACUUGGCACACAAAUUGUUGCAUGGUAGCAUGAAAGAACACUAUGGUAAACUAAGUUGUUACAUUGAAGCAUGUAGGCAGACCAAUCCUGAGUCCAAUUUUGAGUUUUUAACUUUAAAUGUGGGCAGAAACCCUGCAGUGUUUCAAAGGCUAUUUAACAUCGAAACUGUGCUAGGCACAUAUACGCCAAUUGGAAAAAGACACACAAGGGUGAUGACUUAAAAAAGUUGCACAUGUAGAAAAUGGGAUUUAUCUGGAGUGCCAUGUUGUCACGCAGUUGCAUGUGCAUUUUUUCUUAGGCACAAGGCUGAGCUAUAUGUAAGUGAGUACUUGACAAAAGUGGCAUAUCUCAAAAGUUACAAAGGAUGCAUAGGUCCAGUUGUGGGAGAAAAACAUUGGCCUACAAGUGACUUACAAAUCCAGCCUCCACCUAUUAAAAUAGGGCCAGGGAGACCAAAAAAGAAUCGAAAAAAAGACCCACAUGAGGAUCCAAAAAACCAUGGGAGGCUGACCAGACAUGGUUAUCAAAUGACAUGUAGUCUUUGUAAGUUGAAGGGACACAAUAAAAGGAAGUGUCCAGAUAAAGGCAACUUUAUUUCACUAUCAGCACCUCCCAAGCGUAAGAAAGGCAGACCUAGGGGAGCAUAUACUAGAAUGGAAAUUGAUGAUACUAAUGUUACAUGCUCAACAUCAAUUCAUUAUGGAAGAUCUGCUGAACCUGCCACAAGGAUUGGGCGUGUACGAGCUAAAGGACGACCCAGGGGCAGUGGCAUAGCAAGAGGCAAAGCCAACAGUGCUACCAAUGUGAAUGUCUCUAUUGAUUCAAAUAGCCAAGUUUCAACAUCAAAUAUAUGCCCCACUGCAUGAUGGAAGAUGUUGGUUUCCUUAUUAUUUUUGUAGUAUAUUCUUGAAACUACAAGUCAAGAGUUUAUUUUGUAAUAGCUAUGUUAUGUCAUCUCGUGUAUUGCGUAUUUUGUUUUGGGUAUUUCUGGAAGUCUUGGGGAUGGCACUCUUUUUGGAAGUAUAACUUUCUUAUCACUUUAGUUUUUGAAAUUAUUUGAUGUUCUGGCUAAGACCUUGCGCAAAUAUAGCUUAACAUGUCUA